AUGUCCACCAGCAAGGCCUCAGCUGAGGCUACUGCGGUGUCCGCGCCAGCAAAUCGCAGCUUUGGUUCGCGAGCUAAAACCCAUUACAAGAAGUGGUGGUGGGUGCAUCUGAUUGUCAUCAUCAUCGUGCUGCUGGUUGUCCUAUUGCCCGUCGUCUACGUCGGCUACCCCAAAAUCGCCCAGACGGACGUCAAUGAAUCCACCCUAAACAUCACCAGCAUGGUUAUCAGCGAUCCCACACCCGACUCAUUCCACCUCACCCAAACACAAGUAAUCGGCUCGCACGCCUCGUUCCAUCCACAGAUCUUCGCUUUCAGCGCUAGCGUCUCCCUCCUCGGCGCGGCCGCCCCCUUCGCCUCUGUGCAGGUGCCAGCGGUGCAAUCUAAGGAUGGGGCUGUGGUUGACAUCUCGCAGACGUUGAGCCUGAGCGAUGUGUCUGCAUUUGGCGACUAUGCGAAGGCGGUUAUGUUGAAUGAAGAGGUUGACCUGAAUAUUUAUGGGAAGCCUGUUUUGCAGGAGGGUGCCUUGCCGAAGACUACGGUUACGUAUAACAAGACCGUUACUAUGAAGGGUUUGAAUAAGCUCAAGGGCUUCAACGUCACCGAGUUCAAUAUCUUGGGCACGCAACCUGAUGGAACUAAUAUGAAUGGAACGGUGCUGAUUCCCAACCCGUCUGUCUUGACUCUCGCAAUGGGCAACCUAACCCUCGACCUCUCCGUCGCCGGUCAACCAAUGGGCCAGUCCUACCUGAAGAACCUCGUCCUGAAACCAGGCAACAAUACCAUCCCCAUGACCUCGAAAGUCGAUGACGCCGCAAUCAUCAAGUUGCUGGAGGGCGGUAACAAGUACUCGAGUGGGAUCAUCCCCUUCGACAUCACGGGGAACUCGAGUGUCUAUAAUGGUCAGAAUCUGCCUUAUUUCACUGCAGCGCUGGCGGCGAAUACGUUGACGGUUGAGUUGAAUGUUGGCAAGGCUCUUGGGUUGUCAUCGGGAACUUCCAGCAGCUAG